CAUCCGGGAGUCAUAUGACAGAAAAUUACUCAUUAGCAUAAACAAGUGACUUGAGUUUCUAUAUUGUAUCCUUUCUGUGCUUUGAAAAUGUCAGGUUGCACUAUGACUUCGAAGGUUGGGUUAAUGGUGAUAGGUUUAAUAUUCUGGGCUGUGACUGCAGGGUUGUUUUUUGUUGGAGGAUGGGUCUUCAACUCUUACAAACAUUUUGAUGAGAUCGCAGAAGCUAACUUUACCCUAAUCCCAGCAUCCAUCAUCAUAGCUGUUGGAGUCCUGAUGUUUAUUGUGGGAAUUGUUGCCUGUAUUGCAGCAUUCAAAGAAAACAAGUGUCUGCUGGCUGUGUUGUUUUCCUUCAUGCUGGUUAUUCUCACUGCUCUCGUUACCUCUGGAUCUCUUGGAUAUGCCUUCAGGAAAGAUGUUUCCAAUGCUGUUGAGAGUGGACUAGAUAAGGCGAUUAAUGCUUACCAUCCCAACAGCACUCAGAAAGACCAGUUAGACUAUCUACAAACAAAUCUAAAAUGUUGUGGUGUUAACAAUGCCUCCGAUUGGAUAAACGCCAAGAACUGGGCUCCAACAGCCAACAAAUCUGUCCCAAAGAGUUGCUGUGUGUCUGGCAUUAACUGUACCUUGGCUCAACGGAAAAUGUACAAUGAUCCAAAGUACAUCUACCAACAGGGUUGUUAUGAGAAACUGGAGCAUAUAUUCAUGUAUAAUUUGGGCUACAUCGCUGGGAUUGCUGUUGGUCUUGCAGUGAUUAUGUGUCUGGGUAUGAUCUGCAGCUGCAUCCUCUUCUGUCGCUCCAAAGAGGUUCGAUACGAGGCAUUAGGGGGACAGUACUCUGGACUGCGGGUGUAGGAGAAGUCCGACACUGGUUGGUUCUUCUGACGGUGAAAAUUAGUGUUUAACUAUAGAAGUGCUUCUUUGUAAACAUUCAAGUAAAUCAUCAUGUCAUAGACUGCACAGAACUAGAUAUUUACUCUUUACCAUGAAAGAUUUUGUUGGCAUAAAAUCUGUAUUUGUUUACGUGAAAAACAUUUGAUGUAACAAUUUUUGUACUGAUCAUACAUGUGCUUGUAGAUUUAAAGUUUGACUGGAUAACCCAAAAUGUGUGCAUGUUUUUAUAAACAUUCAUUCCCCUACUUAAUACAUUGGUUACUCCCUUCAUUUUUAUAUCAAGAUUUGAGUGUGAUUAACCGUCUAUGACUACUAAAUGUAAAGAUUUAUGAUUUGUAAAUAUUUUUGACGAUACAUUUAGUUUCUCUUGCAAAGCUUAAUUUUUUUUCCCCUUUUUUGUUCAUCAAUUACAAUGACAAUGGAGUUCAAACACAUGAAUCUGGUUUUGCACGUUGUGAAAUCUUGAUGAGCUUUGAACAAGUUGGACUUGAACUUGUCUCUGAAAGUUCAGGAUGCUGUUGGAUUCCAUUUACAGUAAACAAAACAGUUGAUCAUUUGAUUUGUAAAUAUAUCAUCCAUAUUUAGUGAUAUUGUUGGAAAUUAUUAGUUUUUCUGUAGAUAUUAUGUUGGCAUCAUUUUCAGUAACAAAAAUUCAGCUUUCCUACACCCACACACAUACAUGUACAUACCAGCAGAUGAAGGUUGUAUGUGCACUGAUGCUUUCUAAAAAUGCAGGGUUUAUACAGGUUUUAGAGUUAGACCAGUGAAUUUAUUGAAAUUUGUAUAAAUUUCUGUAAUGCAAAAUUAUUCUGGUUGUUGGAGAACUUAACAAUUUAGCACAAGGUAUGCCUAUCCUAAAAAAGAUUUGGCAAUGUUAUGGUAAAUUGUAAGCUGAUGUAUGUUGAAAGUAUUGUUGCAAAUUCAGAAGCUAGCAGAAGAUCUUUUUAAUAUACUAGUAUGUUAUUUUGGUGCAAGAAGUGUUUUGAGCCGGCUUCUAGGACAGCCUCACUUUUCUUGAGAUUAAUAUUUGUUGUAAAGAUGAAUUUGUGAAACCAAUACUUCAUGUUUUACUGAGUAUUUCAAAGAUGUUUUUGAGAAGAGCUUUUUUUUUUUUACACAUUUAUUUAUUUAUAUCCUUGAGAUAGUUUAUCAAUAUUCAAAAAAUGUAUUCAUUAUUUUAGUAAAAUUUUGUAUUUUUGUGAUUUUUUUUUUAAUAUUAAUACAUAAUAAGAAAAUCUUACAAAAAAAUUAAAAAAAAAAAAAGAUGGCAUUUGAAUUGUUGGUGAUAAACUGUAUAUGUAUAGGAAACAUAAAAUAAUAUUAUUUAAAUACUAGUGUCAAUACAGUCCUGUGAAACUUACCAA